AAUCGAUAGUGUUUUUUCCUAUCUCUCACAAAUCGAAGUCAUCUUUCUACUUGCUAGGUUCGAAAUUUAGCUGAUUUCGUUAGCGCGGCAUUUUUGAGUUGCUUUAAAGUGUUGAAGCUGGGCGUUUUGAUUAGAUUGCAUGAGGGGAGGAGGCCCUACGGUAAUCGGCAGUCACUGCUGUCGAUCUAAGCGCUUUCAGUCUGGAUGAUUUCAAAGGCCAACAACUGAUAGAAGAAGAUCUCGUUUCUUCUUGUAACUAUCUGUAAAUAAGUGAAUAAAAUCGGCGACGGAUAAGAGAGCUAGGAACCCCCGCAAACAAGUUUUAAUCGCCAAUCAAUAACGCACAGAGUCAAUCGGUACUUCAUCUUUAGCAGAGGGAACCUGCCUUCUAGUCCUGUUUGUCCAAGGAAUUAUCAAAGUGCGAGACUUAUGCGCGGACCAUCUUUUUGACAUUCAUUUUAUUUGCUCGAAGUUGUUUAAUUAGACGCUAUCGCGUAGCAGGUCAUGGGACGUACACGUAUAGAUGGUGCUUUUUAUCUAACUCCUUCACGUCUUAAUGGGUCUGAAAUACGUGCUAUGGAAAUUGUUGAGUGCCCAUUAUUUAUCUGAACUGUGACAAAACCGCCAGCGGGGACCUGUUGUAAGGCACGUUGAUCUGCUUUUUGUAUGUAAUUAAUGAGAAUUGACACUGGUUAAGUGGAGACGCGUUUCUUCCGAGCUAGAGGUGUUGGACGUCAUAAAAGGGUGACAUAUUGUUGUUGUUAGGAGAACACAUGAGAUUGUCCAGGUUUUUGAGCUACCUCUCAACGGAUGGUAAAUUCGAUGGUGAGAUCGGGUUGGCACUUUUCGGUCUCGGGAGGGCCGGUACCAUACAGUUGCAGAAUAUUCUAUCUUGUGUACGUUCCCAUCUGCAUUACAUUGUUGAAGACUCUGAGGAACGUAGGCGAUCGAUCGAAGCUAAGUACCGUCACAAGCUGCCUGACGCGCAGUUUAUUCAUUCUACCGAUUGCGGAAAACUUCUAUCUGACCCAAACGUGAACGCAGUUAUUGUUUGUACGCCAACAUUUACCCAUAAGGAUAUCGUUUGUAAAGCACUAGGAGCAGGUAAACACGUGUUUUGUGAAAAGCCCGUGGCGGAGAGCAAUGAGUCCGUACGUGAAUGUUACGAGCAAGCCAAAAAGCAUGGAGUGCACCUGUUCUGCGCCUUCAACCGAAGAUACGAUCCAGGUCUACGUAAGAUCAAAAACAAGGUAGUCAAUGGAGAACUCGGAGAUCUGUUUCUAGUAAAAACAACUUCUCGCGAUUCGCCCAUGCCAAGCAUCGGCUACCUUCUUACUUCAGGCGGAAUCUUCCACGAUUGUGCUGUUCACGACAUCGAUGUGGUUUGUUGGCUGUUAGCUGAAAAACCGACGCGUGUGCAGGUCUUCGGUUCGCUGCUCUCACCUACUCUUGAAGAGUUGCGUGGCAAGGAUUUUGACAAUGUCGUUAUUUGCUUUCAAUUCGGAUCCGGAAAGCUUGCUACGAUUGAUCUGAGCCGUAAUGCAUGUUAUGGAUACGAUCAGAGAUGCGAAGUAUUUGGCAGUAAAGGAAUGUUACAGAACGCCAAUCACAGACCGAACGGCGUAUUUGCAUGGACACCUGAUGCCUCAAGUCAGGACCCUAUCCUGUAUUCCUUCCCCUCAAGAUAUCAGGAGGCGUAUGAAAUGGAACUCGAAUAUUUCCUAAAUCUUGUCAGCGGUCGCGCGAAGCCAGAGGUAUUGCAGGACGACGUUCUCGCCGUAACAAAAAUCGCUUCGGCCUGCGAGAAAUCCGCGAAGGAAGGCGUUGUCGUUGAAUUGGAGUGGUAGAUACAGUGCUCUCAACGACAUGGACAAAACAAUACAACAAACUAAUGAGUAUAUAGCCCAUUGAAGCGUCAAAGUACUAUUAGUAAAUUACAUACUUUUAUAUGCGAACAUGUUUCCCUCUGAUCAAGGUCCUUAACAAAGCUUAGCAGAUUUUUUAACCCCAAUAAAGUUUCCCUAUAUAUGUUA